AUGAUCGGCUCACCUCUUUCCCUUUUUCUGGUGGCGCGUGGCAUUUCCUGCCUUUCUCCCGAUUUUAUGUUGCCAACCUGCCCCUUGGUCUUCAACCUUUUCCAUCCUUUUGAUCCAGUCGCAUAUCGCUUGGAGACGCUUAUAGUACCCGACUUUCAGGAACGAGCUGUUCUUAUGCCGCACCAUAAAGGUCGAAAACGCAUGCAUCUCGAACUUAAAGACAACCUAAGUCGUGUUGGUUCUGAUCUCAAAACAAAGCUCUACAAUUCUCUGCACACGACGUGGCGAACCCUGCAAGGCUUCGCA